GAAGGCAGAGCAGCGUCUCCAGUGUCCAGCUGUGUGUCUAUGAAGAGUGACCGAUCUAAACAUCAUCCUCCAGCCUUCAGUGGUGAACCUGCACCUUCAGGCACAAAAGAGAGGAAGAGGAGCAGUGUUAAGGAGCAGCUGUUCUGCUCUGCUUUGUGUCAGGAGGUCCUGAGGGAUCCAGUCUCCACCAGCUGUGGACACUGGUUCUGCAGACAGUGCAUCACCUCAGACUGGGACCAGUUUGGUUCAUCAGGAGACUCUGCCUGUCCCCAGUGUGGAGAAAGAUCCAGAACAAGACCUGGACUGCAAACACCCAGUCAAACCAGCCCAGUGGACGGCGGUCUGCAGGAGGUUUUAGACGAGCAUAAGAUCAGUCUGAGGAGGAGAUAUGAAUUUGUGACAGAAGGAAAUGCUGCAGCAGGAAGUGGAACCCCCCUCAACAGGAUCUACACUGAGCUCUACAUCACACAGGGACGGAAGGAAGGGGUUAAUACCCAACAUGAGGUGUGGCAGCUGGAGACAACAUCCAUGAUGGAGACCCUCCAUGACACUCCAAUCAAGUGCCAGGACAUCUUUAAACCCUUACUUGGCCAAGACACACACAUCAGAGUAGUUGUGACGCAGGGCGUUGCUGGCAUUGGAAAAACCUUCUCAGUGCAGAAGUUCAGUCUGGACUGGGCAGAGGGCUUGGAAAACCAACAUGUCAGUCUUGUGGUUCUGCUUUCGUUCCGGGAGCUGAACUUGAUCAAAGAUGAGCGCUACAGUCUUCUCCAGCUGCUCCGUGUUUUCCAUCCAACAUUACAGACGGUCACAGCAGAGAAGCUCGCCGUCUGUAAAGUCGUGUUCAUCUUUGACGGCCUGGAUGAAAGCAGGUUUUUAUUGGAUUUCCAGAACAAUGAGGUUGUGUCUGAUGUCACACAGACGUCAUCAGUAGACGUGCUGUUGACAAACCUCAUCAAGGGGAAUCUGCUUCCCUCGGCUCUCCUCUGGAUAACUUCCAGACCUGCAGUGGCCAGUCAGAUCCCUCCUACAUGUGUCGACAGGGUAACAGAAGUCCAAGGGUUCACUGACCUCCAGAAGGAGGAGUACUUCAGGAGAAGGUCCAGUGAUGAGGAGCUGUGCAGCAGAAUCAUCUCACACAUCAAGGCCUCCAGGAGCCUCCACAUCAUGUGCCACAUCCCAGUCUUCUGCUGGAUCACUGCUACAGUUCUGGAGCACAUGUUGACUGCAGACCAGAGAGGAGAGCUGCCCAAGAGCCUGACUGACAUGUACUCACACUUCCUGCUGGUUCAGACACAGUGGAAGAAGCACAAGUACGAUGAGAGACAUGACAGGAGUCAGCAGGAGCUGAUGGAGACUGACAGGGAAGUUCUUCUGAAGCUGGGCAGGCUGGCAUUUGAACAUCUGGAGAAAGGCAACCUGAUGUUCUACCAAGAAGACCUGGAGGAGUGUGGUCUUGAUGUCAGAGAGGCUUCGGUGUACUCAGGAGUGUGCACAGAGAUCUUCAAAACCGAGUGUGUGCUCUUCCAGAGAAAAGUCUACUGCUUUGUUCAUCUGAGCAUUCAGGAGUUUCUCGCUGCAGUCUACAUCUUCCACUGCUACAUCAACAGGGACAUGGAGACUCUGGAGACAUUCAUUGGAAACAGCUGGGAUGAACAAUCCCUGGAUGCCUUGCUGAAGGCAGCAAUGUUCAGAGCCCUGGACAGUAAAAAUGGCCACUUGGACCUCUUUGUCCGUUUCCUUCAUGGCCUCUCACUGGAGUCCAACCAGAGGCUCUUAGGAGGCCUGCUGGGUCAGACAGAGAGCAGACCAGAAGAUAUCCAGAGAGCCAUCAACAACAUGAAGGAGAUGAACACUUUCAGUGUCUCUCCUGACAGAAGCAUAAACAUCUUCCACUGUUUGAUGGAGAUGAACGACCUCUCAGUACAUCAGGACAUCCAAGAGUUCCUGAAGUCAGAGAACAGAUCAGAGAAGAAACUCUCUGAGAUCCACUGCUCAGCUCUGGCCUACAUGCUGCAGAUGUCAGAGGAGGUUCUGGAUGUGUUGGACCUGAAGACGUACAACACAUCAUUGGAGGGACGACAGAGACUGAUCCCAGCUGUGAGGAACUGCAGGAAGGCUCGACUGUGUGACUGUGGACUGUCAGAGACUCACUGUGAAGUCCUGGCCUCGGCUCUGAAGUCCAACCCCUCCCACCUGACAGAGCUGGACCUGAGUCACAACUACCUGCAGGAUUCAGGAGUGAAGCUGCUGCCUGCUGGACUGGAGAGUCCAAACUGCAGACUGAAGACUCUGAGACUUGACAGGUGUGAAUUGACAGAGAGCAGCUGUGCUUCUCUGGCCUGGGCUCUGAAGUCCAACCCCCAUCUGACAGAGCUGGACCUGAGUGAGAACCAGCUGCAGGAUUCAGGAGUGGAGCUGCUGUCUGCUGGACUGGAGAGUCCAAACUGCAGACUGAAGACUCUGAGACUGAGGUCUUGCAGCUUGUCGGGGAGUUGCUGUGCUUCUCUGGCCUCGGCUCUGAAGUCCAACCCCCAUCUGACAGAGCUGGACCUGAGGGGAAAUGAUCCAAUGGACGAGACAGUGGAACUGCUACUUGAUCUGGUGGAGAGUCCAAACUGUGGACUGAAUACUCUGAGGGUGAACGAUAAAGAAACCGUGAUCCCAGCUGACAGCCUUAGAGGAUAUGCCCAUCAUCUCACACUGGAUCGAAACACAGCGAACAGAAAACUCCGUCUGUCUGAAGACAACAGAGAGGUGGAGAGGGUGUCUGAGCAGCAGUUGUAUCCUGAUCAUCCAGACAGAUUUGACCCGGAGCCUCAGGUUCUGUGUAGAGAGGGUUUGACUGGGCGAUGUUACUGGGAGGUCCAGUGGAACGGGCAGGUUGAUAUAGCCAUGACUUACAGAGGAAUCAGAAGAAGUGGAGAUGAUUCAUGGCUUGGAUUCAGUGAGCAGUCCUGGAGUCUCACCUGCUCUGAUUUCAACGACGUAAGGAGUGACAGAUACUCUGCCAGCCACAACAGUGAGUUCACCAACAUCUCUGUCCGUCCCCGUGGAUCUGACAGAGUAGCAGUGUAUCUGGACUGCUCUGCUGGAACUCUGUCCUUCUACAGAGUCUCUUCUGACAGACUGAGACUCCUCCACACCUUCAGCUCCACCUUCACUGAGCCUCUCUACCCUGGGUUUGGACAUGACAGAGACGAGCAGGAGAAGAUGAGUGUGUGUGUGGAGGAAGAGGAGGGCAGAGCAGCGUCUCCAGUGUCCAGCUGUGUGUCUAUGAAGAGUGAUCGAUCUAAACAUCUUCCUCCAUACUUCAGUGCUGAACCUGCACCUUCAGACACAAAAGAGAGGAAGAGGAGCAGUGAGGCUGUGGAGGAGCAGCUGUCCUGCUGUGCUUUGUGUCAGGAGGUCCUGAGGGAUCCAGUCUCCACCAGCUGUGGACACUGGUUCUGCAGACAGUGCAUCACCUCAGACUGGGACCAGUCUGGUUCAUCAGGAGACUCUGCCUGUCCUCAGUGUGGAGAAAGAUCCAGAACAAGACCUGGACUGCAGACACCCAGUCAAACCAGCACAGUGGACGGCAGUCUGCAGGAGGUUUUAGACGAGCAUAAGAUCAGUCUGAGGAGGAGAUGUGAAUUUGUGACAGAAGGAACUGCUGCAGCAGGAAGUGGAACCCCCCUCAACAGGAUCUACACUGAGCUCUACAUCACACAGGGACGGAGGGAAGGGGUUAAUACCCAACAUGAGGUGUGGCAGCUGGAGACAAUAUCCAAGAUGGAGAUCCUCCAUGACACUCCAAUCAGGCGCCAGGACAUCUUUAAACCCUUACCUGGCCAAGACACACACAUCAGAGUAGUUGUGACGCAGGGCGUUGCUGGCAUUGGAAAAACCUUCUCAGUGCAGAAGUUCACUCUGGACUGGGCAGAGGGCUUGGAAAACCAACAUGUCAGUCUUGUGGUUCUGCUUUCGUUCCGGGAGCUGAACUUGAUCAAAGAUGAGCGCUACAGUCUUCUCCAGCUGCUCCGUGUUUUCCAUCCAACAUUACAGACGGUCACAGCAGAGAAGCUCGCCGUCUGUGAAGUGGUGUUCAUCUUUGACGGCCUGGAUGAAAGCAGGUUUUUAUUGGAUUUCCAGAACAAUGAGGUCGUGUCUGAUGUCACACAGACAUCAUCAGUAGACGUGCUGUUGACAAACCUCAUCAAGGGGAAUCUGCUUCCCUCGGCUCUCCUCUGGAUAACUUCCAGGCCUGCGGCAGCCAAUCAGAUCCCUCCUACAUGUGUCGACAGGGUAACAGAAGUGCGAGGGUUCACUGACCUCCAGAAGGAGGAGUACUUCAGGAGGAGAUCCAGUGAUGAGGAGCUGUGCAGCAGAAUCAUCUCACACAUCAAGGCGUCCAGGAGCCUCCACAUCAUGUGCCACAUCCCAGUCUUCUGCUGGAUCACUGCUACAGUUCUGGAGCACAUGUUGACUACAGACCAGAGAGGAGAGCUGCCCAAGAGCCUGACUGACAUGUACUCACACUUCCUGCUGGUUCAGACACAGAGGAAGAAGCACAAGUAUGAUGAGAGACGUGACAGGAGUCAGCAGGAGCUGAUGGAGACUGACAGGGAAGUUCUUCUGAAGCUGGGCAGGCUGGCGUUUGAACAUCUGGAGAAAGGCAACCUGAUGUUCUACCAAGAAGACCUGGAGGAGUGUGGUCUUGACAUCAGAGAGGCCUCGGUGUACUCAGGAGUGUGCACAGAGAUCUUCAAAACCGAGUGUGUGCUCUUCCAGAGAAAAGUCUACUGCUUUGUUCAUCUGAGCAUUCAGGAGUUUCUCGCUGCAGUCUACAUCUUCCACUGCUACACCAACAGGGACAUGGAGACACUGGAGACAUUUCUGGGAAAAGACUGGGGUAGAUAUGGAUGCAGUGGACAAUCCCUGGAUGCCUUGCUGAAGGCAGCAAUGUUCAGAGCCUUCGUCAGUAAAAAUGGCCACCUGGACCUCUUUGUCCGCUUCCUUCAUGGCCUCUCACUGGAGUCUAACCAGAGGCUCUUAGGAGGCCUGCUGGGUCAGACAGAGAGCAGACCAGAAGACAUCCAGAGAGCCAUCAACAACCUGAAGGAGAUGAAUACUUUCAAUGUCUCUCCUGACAGAAGCAUCAACAUCUUCCACUGUUUGAUGGAGAUGAAGGACCUCUCAGUACAUCAGGACAUCCAAGAGUUCCUGAAGUCAGAGAACAGAUCAGAGAAGGAACUGUCUGAGAUCCACUGCUCAGCUCUGGCCUACAUGCUGCAAACGUCAGAGGAGGUUCUGGAUGUUUUGGACAUGAAGGCGUACAACACAUCAGCGGAGGGACGACGGAGACUGAUCCCAGCUGUGAGGAACUGCAGUAAGGCUCGGUUAGUCCUGAUGUGAAAACAGACAUUAUACAACAGCGCACAGUUGCUGCUUUCAAAUGUAUACCUGCUUUCUAUAAGUCUACAGCCUAUCAAUGUAACAUCUACAUUCAUCUACUUAUUAUUUGCAUCAGACAUAUUAACCAUUUGGGUUUUAUAUUAAAUCUGUAAUCACAGAUUGUGUGACUGUGGACUGUCAGAGACUCACUGUGAAGUCCUGGCCUCGGCUCUGAAGUCCAACCCCUCCCACCUGACAGAGCUGCACCUGAGUCACAACUACCUGCAGGAUUCAGGAGUGAAGCUGCUGUCUGCUGGACUGGAGAGUCCAAACUGCAGACUGCAGACUCUGAGACUUGACAGGUGUGAAUUGACAGAGAGCAGCUGUGCUUCUCUGGCCUCGGCUCUGAAGUCCAACCCCCAUCUGACAGAGCUGGACCUGAGUGAGAACAAGCUGCAGGAUUCAGGAGUGAAGCUGCUGUCUGCUGGAUUGGAGAGUCCAAACUGCAGACUGAAGACUCUCAGAUUGAGGUCUUGCAGCUUGUCGGGGAGUUGCUGUGCUUCUCUGGCCUCUGCUGUGAAGUCCAACCCCCAUCUGAUAGAGCUGGACCUGAGGGGAAAUGAUUCAAUGGACAAGACAGUGGAACUGCUAUUUGAUCUGGUGGAGAGUCCAAACUGUGGACUGAAGACUCUGAGGGUGAACGAUAAAGAAACCGUGAUCCCAGCCGACAGCCUUAGAGGAUAUGCCCGUCAUCUCACACUGGAUCCAAACACAGCGAACAGAAAACUCCGUCUGUUUGAGGACAACAGAGAGGUGGAGAUGACGUCUGAGCUGCAGUCGUAUCCUCGUCACCCAGACAGAUUUUACCUGGAGCCUCAGGUUCUGUGUAGAGAAGGUCUGACUGGGCGAUGUUACUGGGAGGUCCAGUGGAGAAGAGAGGUUUAUAUAGCAGUGACUUACAGAGGAAUCAGAAGAAGUGGUGUUGACUCUCUGUUUGGAAACAAUAAAAAGUCGUGGAGUCUGUGGUGCUCUGAUUUCAGCUACACUGCCAGACACAACAGGAAGUUCACCAGCAUCUCUGUCCGUCCCUGUGGAUCUGACAGAGUAGCAGUGUAUCUGGACUGCUCUGCUGGAACUCUGUCCUUCUACAGAGUCUCUUCUGACAGACUGACACUCCUCCACACCUUCAGCUCCACCUUCACUGAGCCUCUCUACCCUGGGUUUGGGUUCUGGUCUCCUGGUUCUCGUGUGAUUCUGCUGCCAGUUUCUGAGAAACAAACAUUUGCUUGAAAAUGUUUUGGACCAUCUGUAUCAGGGUGUUGGUUGCUAACCAGCUGGAGAAGAGGCUACAGAAAGUCUUGAACUGUCAUGUUCUUAAAAUGUUCAAGAAUCAAAAUGUUCAUGUUGUCAAAAAGCUGAUUGACAGUAUUGAUCCUGAAUUUGCACAGACAUGAAUGUCUUGUCUGAUUAGACCAUGUGCCACAGUGAGCCGAGAGGCUGCAGGUUUUCAUUCCAACCAAAAACUCCACCAGCUGAUUUCACUGAUCACCUCCAAGCAGACAGGAGGGACUAAACCUGCAGCCUCUCGGCUCACUCUGGAUUAGACCAAUCCUGCUGACGGCAGACGUCACUGAAGCCUGUACCCUCUCUCUGAUUGGCUGGGUUUCGAAUGACUAUGUCUAUUGAUUGGAACAUUUCAUUGGCAGCCAUGCAUUCCUUCCCAAAGGCUUGUUUCUCUGUGUUAAUCUUUUAUUUUUCUUAUUUUUGUAUUUUAUUAUCCCAGUGACCUGUCAGGCUUCAGAAAAAGUUUCCCUGAUGUGACUGAUGGCUUGUUGGAAGUGGGAUAAACAGUCAUACUGAAUGUUAAUAUUGUCUGAAAGUGUCAUUGAAGCCUCUUCUGAUCAUCUCUAUUGAUUCUGAAACCACACACAGAGAUAUGUGGCAGCUCAUUGGAACAGAGUGUCUGAUUGGUUAGUGAUGUCAC